AUGUUUGGAAGAGGUCGAUGUGCAAAAUGUGGUGAACCACUUGAUAAUGAAGAAGUAAUUUUUGUUCUUGGACAUUUGUAUCACUUAAAUCAUCUUCGCUGUAAUUAUUGCGAUACUCGUAUAUCUCAUGUUGAACAAGGUUUCAUUCUCGAUGGCACCAAACUUGCAUGUUCUCGAUGCCUCGACAAUCUUAGUCCUAAAUGUUAUAAAUGCAAGAAAUCCAUUGUUCACGAAUACACUUCACAUGAUGGUCACCUUUACCACCGCGACUGCUUCAAAUGUGCUAGAUGUCACCGUGUUUUGGAUACUGAAUAUUUCGAAGAUGAAGACAGCCGUCCACUAGACAGAGAUUGCUGUUGGGGACAAGUACUAAUGGAUCACAUUGUCCGCGAUAUUGAUAAUAUUGUUCCUUCCAAGUAUUAA